AAACAGAACACAACGUAGUGAUUCCCACGUUACACCUUUCCUCCUAACCUGUUCCUUCAUCACCACUCAAUCUCCGCAACAUAACUUUUGUAACGUGUUACCUCCCUCCCAUCUUAAAAAUCUUUUCUCAAUCAUCUGCCGGCCAUGACCCUUCCUUAGUCCCAAACCUUCUUGCGAGGAGAGACAGAGAGAGUGAGAAGGCACCGCAAACCCCCAACUUUGGUGGUUAUUAUCGGUGGGUCGUGUCGUCCUGGAGCUGUCUCGUUGUUUCCCCACGACGGCGGAGGAGAAAGUAAACGAGUGGAGAGCCAUGGACAUUGGUGGUCCAACAGAUGUACAACACGUGGCUCACGUGACCUUUGAUCGUUUCAACGGCUUCCUUGGCCUUCCUUCUGAGUUUGAGCCUGAUGUCCCCAAGAAAGCUCCCAGUGCAAGUGCAACAGUGUUUGGAGUAUCAACAGAAUCAAUGCAGUUAUCAUAUGAUUCAAGAGGGAACUGUGUUCCUGUAAUACUCUUGCUACUGCAGAGCAGGCUAUAUGAUCAAGGAGGAUUGCAGGUAGAAGGAAUAUUCAGAAUAACAGGAGAGAACAGCGAGGAAGAGUAUGUCAGGGAGCAGCUUAAUAAAGGGAUGAUACCUGAUGGGAUCGAUGUCCAUUGUCUAGCUGGACUUAUUAAGGCUUGGUUCAGAGAGCUGCCUAGAGGAGUGCUAGAUCCUCUGUCAUCUGAGCAAGUACUGCAAUGUGAGUCAGACGAGGAUUUCAUCAAGGUUGUGAGGCUAUUACCUCAGACAGAAGCGUCUCUUCUCAACUGGGCCAUCAAUCUCAUGGCUGAUGUUGUUCAGUUUGAGAAUGUUAACAAGAUGAACUCUCGUAAUCUUGCUUUAGUCUUUGCCCCUAACAUGUCUCAGAUGAAAGACCCGUUAACUGCAUUGAUGUAUGCGGUUCAAGUGAUGAAGCUGCUGAAGUGCCUCACAGAGAAAGCCCUGAGAGAAAGGGAAGUCACUUCUCCCCAAGUUCAUACAAGAUCUAGCAAUGAAGCCGAAUAUGGCGAGAAGGAAGUAGACAAUGAAGAAGAAGAUGAAGAGGAGGAAGAAGGAGAUGGAGUGUACAUAAUUGAGGAAGUAGGCAGUGAAGCCGAAGGUGGCGAGAAGGAAGUAGAAAAUGAAGAAGAAGAAGAGGAGCAAGAUGGAGAUGGCGUGUACAUAAUUGAGGAAGAAGCAUUGCAGAUAAUAAGAGUGGUUGCUGAUGACCACAAGUCGGAGAGCAUGAAGAGUGCGUGUGAUGGAUCCAUUACAUCUGAUUCAAAGGGAGCUGAUGGAGUUGUGCAGCCACUCAUUUGCAACCCAGACCACAUAGGAAGCAAGUGAAGUUGAUGUUUUCUUUUAAGUAUUUGUGUUUGGAUUUCUUUUAUCUUAUUAUUGCAUUAUGUAACUUCUAAGUAAUGUUAGUUUGUUGUUGAAUGGUGGUAUGAUAUGAGACUAACUCUAUGGGAUGAAAAGCAUAAACU